AUGAAAUUUCUUUUUGUUUUACUUUUACAUCAAACCUUUUCCAAGCCAACGGAGAAGGAAAAAGCAGAAUCGCAGCAAAUUAUCUGCAACUACGAUGAGCCAUGCAAUGAUGCUUGCACUGCUGAUGUCUGCGAGUACUUCUGGAACAUCGAGUAUCGACUAACAAACACCUGGCGAACGCGAGACUAUGGCCAGCGAUCGAAUGUUCGAAGCGGAUCUCUUCGCGAUUUCUCUGUCGCCUGGAACGAGACAAGCAAAAACGUAGAAAUCAUACAAGAAGGCCUUGCAGCAAAUACACCGUUUCUCGUCAACGAAAACGGCGACAAACUUGAACCUCUGGACGAGCUUGAAAACCUCUUCUUCACCGACGGACAAGAUCAACGCCGAGUCAUUUCCAUCAAUGGUCACUUUCCUGGCCCCAGCAUCAUGGUCAACAAGGGAGCAAAAGUCAUCAUCCACGUCAAAAGCGCCCUCCACGAUCAAUCUUUUACUCUCCACUGGCACGGGCUCCACAUGGAAGACAACUACUGGAACGACGGAGGAGCGAUGUUUUCUCAAUGCCCCGUGAGCAGUUUCAAUGACUUCACUUACGUAAUCAACGCUGAUAACAGUGGAACACACUGGUACCACUCGCACAAGGGACUUCAAAGAGCUGAUGGACUUCAUGGAGCAUUCAUCGUUUUGGAAAAAGAAGAACAAGAAGAUCACUGUAAUAAGAUUCCUUUUGUCAUGACUGAUUCGUACCGAGUCGAUUCUGAUUUUCUCGCCGCUGCAGACCCUUAUCGCUUCGGAUUUUCUGGAGGAGAUCGAUUUACUGGAACAGGAGCGCGAACAUGCACAACGCCAGAAAAGGGCUUCCUCAAUGGGGCUAAACUGAGCAGCUACUGCGUCGAUUCCAUCACUGUAAACGGCCAUGGACAAUUUCGACAACACAACGGAUCAAUGGCAUUUUCUAUUGGCGAGGAGUAUAUCUUACCAUACGAUACAGAAACAGUAGAGUUGAAGGCCAUUCAUGCCGGGUUUGAAUUUCCCAUUUUGGUCAGACGAGCUGAUAAUAUGCCGAUUUACGCAACCGGUACUGAUGGCAGGAGAAUCAAGUCCACAGCCGGUCACGGACUUAUUUUCGGCGUUGGCGAAACUUGGAAUAUUGAAAGCGAAUUCAAUGGACUUGAUGAUAUUGAGUUCAUUGCUGAAAUCAUGCUCGAAGGAAUCGGAAAUGUCGUUCAUGCGGACUAUCAUCACAGCCAUCGACCCUACGUGAAAGUUCCUGUUCGUCGAUCUUCUACGCAAUUUCGGGGAGAACGAACCAGAAAACUUCUUCCUCUUCAGCCAAGACAGCACUUGAUUGCUCCUCGAAGACCUCAUGAAGGAGUAGACAUCAACGACCCUCUCCACCGACACUUUACUUACAUCAACUGCCCAGUAGUCAACUACCGCGGCUUCAAGUGCAUUGGUAUUAUGGAUUUCCAGCGAGAUCAGAGCGUCGACGCUGACUCUUAUCAAUACAACCCGUCGGAAAUUGAGCAAGAACCUGAUCAAAUUAUUGAAUUGAACUUCAAUCUUGCUCGAGGAUCAUCUGUCAACGGAAUCAAAUUUGCUUAUCCAAGCCGCCCGUUUUUCGAUGGAAUCAACGAGGAGAACAUAACUCCUUGUACCGAUGAAGUUCUGGGUGAAGAUGGAAACAAAACCUGCACUCAAAUGAUAACAGUCCAGAAAGACCAGAUCAUUGAGCUCAGAAUAUCUGCUGCCCAUGAAAUAACAAAUCCACUUUCUCCAUAUGAAUGGACCUAUCACGCUCUCCAUUUGCAUGGCUACGAGUUUUUUGUCCAAGACGUUGGAUUUCCCAGACUCGAUGAUCAUGGGAAGAUUGUUGGACUUCAUGGAGCAAUGACCUGCGAAGGCGGAAGUUCCUGCCCGAGAGUUCAAUACACGGAAAGCAUCUUGGACAAUCUAACAUAG